CGGGUCAGUAUUUCAAGAGGGAGGCACUAUCAGUAGGCUGGCGAUCGCCAAGAGACGCGGAUCGAAAAAAGUACGGCGUAUAUUCUGGAAAAAACGGAACUGAGAUUAACUGUAUGGUGAUGUUGGUGCUGGGAGUUUUGUUUGCCUCUAUGGUGUUUCUACUAGGCAGAAUACAGGCCGGAGAUCUACCAGCCUAUGAGACCUUAAGAGAGCAGAUUAUGGAAGCAGAGAGAGUGGCCUCAUUAGGUGGCAACAUUUGGUUGACUUCCGACGAGGAGAAGGCCAACAGCAUACUGAUGAACGCCAAGCGGGCGGAGAUUGCGGAGGGUCUUAAGACGCCGGAAAAGUACGCUCCAGCGAUGCACUUCUUCCAGGGUAGACAGUAUGUGCGUCAGAGCGAGGUUUUCAGGAUGAUUCAGAAGAUGCCUAAAGGCGCCUUUUUGCAUGGUCAUAACACGGGCAUGGUGACAUCCCGGUGGAUUAUCCAGAACCUGACCACCACCAACAAUCUGUACACCUGCCGCAAUGUGGAUGGACUGCUAGUUUUCACCUACGAUCAAGCUGGAUGUCAUAGCGAAGUCCAGAAUGUGUGCACCGAGAGGAUCAAUGCCGAAGAUCGGGGCAAAUAUGAGCGUCAGUUGGAGAAGCACAUCAAUAUGCACGGACCAAGGCCUGAAGCCCUCUUGCCAAACCGCAAGAAGAUUUGGGAACGCUUCGAGAACAUCUUCACCACUGUGGAUCGUCUCUACAAAUACCGACCCACCUAUUGCGCCUACCACAAACGACUCCUGGAGGAACUGUGUGAGGACAACAUUAUCUAUGCUGAGAUUAGAGCUUCCCUGUCACCUCUCUAUGACGACAACAAUCGCACUCUAAACACUUUGGAGGUGGCCAACGAACUGGAAAGGAUUGUGGAGGAGUUCAAGGCUAAGCACCAUGAUUUCGUGGGUGUCAAAGUGAUUUAUGCAAAGCGGAAUAGAGCCACCGAAGAGGAGAUGUUAAGACGCAUAACCACUUUUAAACAACUACACCAUGCCAAGCCAAACUUUGUGAUAGGAUUCGAUUUGAUAGGCCAAGAGGAUACUGGAGAUCCACUGAACAAGUAUAUAAACCAACUUUCCGAUCUUCCCAGUACGGCCAACUACUUCUUCCACGCCGGCGAGACAAACUGGAAUGGUCGGACGGACUGGAAUAUGAUGGACGCUAUUCUCCUGAAUACCAAGCGCAUAGGACACGCCUUUGCCCUGCCCAAACACCCACAGUUAUGGUCCACCAUCAAAAAGCGUAACAUUGCCAUCGAAGUGAACCCCAUUUCCAACCAGGUUUUGGGUUUCGUUUGGGAUCUGCGAAAUCAUCCAGCUAGCUUCCUGGUUGCAGAGAACUUCCCCAUUGUAAUCUCCUCAGACGAUCCGGGAGUCUGGGGAGCCAAAGGCCUUAGCUAUGAUUUUUACUACGCCUUCAUGGCCUUGGCUCCGGCGGAAGCAGAUCUGCGCUUCCUCAAGCAACUGGCCUUGAAUUCCAUAAAAUACUCUGUUCUAACCUCGGAUGAGCGGCGCAAGAUCAAUCGGGUUUUCCAGCGCAAAUGGCAGGAGUUUAUUGCAAAUAUCUUGAAUCCAAAGUUCUAAAUUAAUAUAAAAGUCACUAGUCUAAGUCUAGGUGUAAUACUGGGUUCUUGGUUAAAAGCUCUUUGGCAAGAUUCAUCCCAUAUAAAUAGUAAACUAAGAA